AUAACAGGAAAUUUGUGUAUGGUUUAAAUGCCUCGACUGCUUGCGCAAGUGAGUGAAAAAAAUUCUUAACGAACUUACAGCAGUAUGGUCAGCCGUGUGGAUCAUCCAGCCGCUGGCUACAGGAAGAUCUUUGAGACAGUGGAGGAGCUUAAUGAACCAAUUCCAGCCAAGAUCACUGGUCUUUUGCCAACAUGGCUGGACGGCAGUCUUCUCAGGAUGGGACCAGGUCUUUUCGAGGUUGGGGACCAACAUUACCACCAUUUGUUUGAUGGACAAGCUCUCAUACACAAGUUUGACCUAAAGAACGGUCAGGUGACCUACUACAGGAAGUUUUUAAAAACAGAUGCUUACGUACGUGCAAUGACCGAGAACAGAGUGGUUGUUACUGAGUUUGGCACAGCAAUGUACCCAGACCCCUGCAAAAAUAUAUUCUCCAGAUUUUUCUCCUACUUCAGGGGCAUUGAGGUGACUGACAAUUGCGUGGUGAACAUCUACCCAAUUGGGGAAGACUUCUAUGCCGUUACCGAGUCCAAUUACAUCACCAAGGUUGAUCCAGAGUCACUGGACACUUUAAAGAAGGUGGACCUGUGUCAGUACCUGUCGGUCAAUGGGGUGACAGCUCACCCGCACUUUGAGGCAGAUGGUACGGUCUACAACAUUGGCAACUGCUUUGGCAAGAACAUGACUCUUGCUUACAACAUUGUCAGGAUCCCACCUGCUCAGAAAGACAAGUUGGACCCUUUACAGAAAUCCCACGUCAUAGUUCAACUCCCAAGCAGUGAGAGGUUAAAACCUUCCUAUAUCCACAGUUUUGGGAUGACCGUCAACUAUUUCGUGUUUGUGGAGCAGCCGGUGAAAAUCAACCUGCUCAAGUUUCUGUCUGCUUGGAGUUUCAGAGGAGCCACUUACAUGGAUUGCUUUGAAUCCAACGACAACAUGGGGACAUGGUUUCACCUGGCCACAAAGGACCCAGCAACAUAUAUGACCAGCCACAAGUUCCGAACAUCAGCUUUUAAUAUCUUCCAUCAUAUUAACACAUAUGAAGACCAGGGGUUUAUUGUUGUUGACCUCUGUGCUUGGAAAGGUCAUGAUUUUGUGUAUAACUACCUGUACCUGGCCAAUCUGAGGGGGGAGUGGGAGGAAGUUAAGAAAGCAGCCAUGAGAGCUCCUCAGCCCGAGGUCAGAAGAUACGUACUGCCACUGGAUAUACAUAGCGAGGAGCAAGGAAAGAACCUGAUUUCUCUGCCAUACACGACAGCAACUGCUGCUCUUCGCGGUGAUGGGACCGUCUGGUUGGAACCCGAAGUCCUCUUUUCGAAACCAAGACAAGCCUUUGAGUUUCCACAGAUUAACUACUCUCAGUGCUGUGGUAAGCAGUAUUCCUUCACUUAUGGUCUUGGACUCAACCAUUUCAUCCCUGACAAGAUUGUCAAGUUGAACGUGCAGACCAAAGAGACGUGGAUGUGGCAGGAGGAUGAAUGUUACCCAUCAGAACCACUAUUUGUGCCAGCACCGGGAGCUAUACAAGAGGAUGAUGGUGUGCUGCUGAGUAUUGUUGUGAAACCGGGAGCAGAGAGGCCAGGCUUCUUGUUGGUGCUGGACGCUGCCACACUGACAGAGACGGCUAGGGCAGAGGUCGACAUCGUCUUUCCAGUGACUUUUCAUGGCUUUUACAAGCCAUAAUGCCCAAGUCCAACCCAAAUAUCCAAAGUGCAUUGUCCAGUAGCUACAACAGUCUGCAGUUCUUGCUUCAGUAUAUAAAUGUCCAGGUCUUAACUAACAGUAGAGCUCAUCUGUUAAUGUAUAAUACAUUUAAAUAUGAAUAAAAAUAAAGCAGCAUAUUCUUGUUCUUUAUGCCACAGGUUCAGAAACUUUGAAACACUAUGUAGUUUUUUUUAUAUAUAUUUUUAUUGAAGAACAUAACACUGAAGAACAACACUGUUGAAUUAAAAAAA